ACCCACUUGGGUAAAGUGUUAGGAUAUUUUCCCACGCUGCGCCAAACGCAGUUUGUAUCGUGACGGUCAGGUCUUAUAAGGCCCAAGUCGUGGAUCUUUCUACCCGAGAUGCCCUCCCAAUCAGCACUCUCAGCGGACGAAAAGUCUAAAGUGAAAUCUACUCUAGAGAGUUCCACGCAAAAGAUACUCACCGCUACUGCUGCUCGUAUCUACUUCGCUCAUCCACAGCCAAACAAGUGGUCGUAUGGAGGCUUGCAAGGUGCACUCGCUUUCACGCGAGAUAACUCCAAAGACGCCUUCAUGCUGAGACUGGUUGAUUCAACGGGGACGAAAGGCGUCAUAUGGGAACACGAACUAUAUGAAGCGUUCGAGUAUCACCAGGACAGGCCGUUCUUCCAUUCAUUCGCGGGCGAUAAAUGCAUGAUCGGUUUUGUCUUUGCUGAUGAGAAAGAUGCAAAAACCUUCUACAAGAAAGUAACCACCCGUAAAGCAGAGAAAGUCAAAUCUUCCUCCUCAGAGAAGAAGAAAUCUGCCAAGGGUGGUAGAAUAGAUAAGUCUAUGAUUUCAGGUCCAACCGCUGGUUCCUUUGUGCAUGUUGCACACAUGGGUUUUGAUCCUGAGAAGGGUUUCAAUUCCACUAACAUUGAUCCAUCAUGGACCGCCUUUCUGAACGAGCUGGAGGGUUCAGGCGUUAGUCGCGAGGUCAUCAACCAGGAUAUGGAUUUUAUAAAAGACUUUCUCCGUGAUGCACAAAAUAAACCCCAGCCUACUAAGAAGAAGACACCACCGCCCUUACCUGCACCUAGAAAUAAGGGGCACACGCAGCAGGAUAGUGUUGCAUCAUCAGUCAAUGUGGGUUCUGCACCUACUCCCCAUGCUCCUCCACCUCCAUCACGUCCAGUCUCUACUGCGCCGUCUCUUCCCCCUGCUGUAGCACCCCCGUCAUCGCGUCCCACCUGGGCUGCUCCGCCGCCGCCGCCACAACCACCACAACGAGCCCCUCCUGUACCCGCGCCACAACCAAUAAGAUCUUCAGGACCACCUCCACCACCAGUUCGUCCUGCGAGUGCUGCUCUCCCGCCUCCGCCUCCUGUACGACCACCAGUUAGUGCUCCUACACGACCACCAGUCAGCGCUCCUCCUGCACGACCACCAGUCAAUGCUUCGCCACCCCCUCCACCUUCAUAUGAGGAUCCUCAUCCUCCUCCGCCACCACCUCCUCCACCACCACCUCCGCCUCCACCUUCAUAUGAGAAUCCUCCUCCUCAUCUUCCACCACCACCGCCUCCGCCUCCACCACCGCCUCCUCCACCUUCAUCUGGGAAUGCUCCUCCGCCCCCUCCGCCCCCUCCUCCGCCACCACCACCACCACCACCACCACCACCACUCUCAAAUGGGGAAGGAAGCACAAUGGUAUUACCCGCUUCCCCACAGCCUGGUCGUGCGGACCUACUUGCAUCUAUUCGUGGACAGAGUGUGUCAAAUUUACGGAAGACAGGUGGUCCUCAGUCAACGCCCUCUCCUCCCCCCGCAUCUGCUGAAGAAUCUGGUGGUGGUGGUGCGGGCGGGAAUCUGACCGCCGCGUUGGCUGCUGCUUUGCUAGAAAGGAACAAGAGGCUCGGUGAUAGUGAUGAAGAGGACGAGGAUGACGACUGGGACUAAUAUCGCUAUUUAUUUUCAAUCACGUUCUUACACAUCAUUCAUAAUUAGGAUUUACCUUUAUGCAAUAAAGCGAGGCCUUGAGAAGCACUUACAGGUAAGUAAACGAAGCCCCACAAAUAACUGGAAAGAAUUCCCGACCCCUAAUACAUACAUGCAUGCAUGACUGUUGUGACCGCAAAACUAGACUCUCUUAGGCAUGCUUCACAGUUCCCUCAUCGUUUGAUCUUUUGGUACUACUUGGACAGUUUGUUACAGUGCCGCGUGUGAAAUCGAAGCUGUAACAAUAUUUGGUGUCUGGGCAGUGGGCUCUGGG